GGAGCAGAGCCAGCCAGUGAGCGGAGCCUGCGAGAGGGAGGAGCGCAUCCUGAUGCAGAGAUGCUGCAGUGGCUCGGGGCGCGCACACACUUACGCAUCCUCGCCCGCCGCCGCCGCGCCAGGACAGCCAGUGGCUAAGGCCGGCGGGGCCAAGCAGCCGCAGGGUCUGCUCACCGGGUAGCCGCAGCAUUGCCCCAGCCAACACCCUUCCCGCACUCCAGGUGUCUCGGAGUCUCCAGUUGAUUCUCCUGGAGCUGGGCUGUGGUUCCUGUCCUUUGAACUCGGCCUCUGCCUGAAACACCCACCAUGAGGACACCCGGCAGGAAAAAGCCAUGCUUGCUGCUGCUGGUGCUGGCCACAGUGGCCCUGGUCCCCUGUCCAGGAUGGAGUUUUGUCCAGGGAACCCCAGCCACCUUUGGACCUGUCUUUGAAGACCAGCCUGUAGGCCUGCUUUUCCCAGAGGAAUCCACAGAAGAUCAGGUGACACUGGCUUGUCGUGCCCGAGCUAGCCCUCCAGCCACCUACAGGUGGAAGAUGAACGGCACGGAUAUGAACCUGGAACCCAGUUCCCGUCACCAACUGAUGGGGGGCAACCUGGUCAUCACGAGCCCCACCAAGGCACAGGAUGCUGGUGUCUACCAGUGCCUAGCCUCAAACCCAGUGGGCACUGUCGUCAGCAAGGAGGCUGUCCUCCGCUUCGGCUUCCUGCAGGAAUUCUCCAAGGAAGAGAGAGACCCUGUGAAAACCCAUGAGGGCUGGGGGGUGAUGCUGCCCUGUAACCCACCUGCCCACUACCCAGGUUUGUCCUACCGCUGGCUCCUCAAUGAGUUCCCCAACUUCAUCCCAACGGAUGGGCGUCACUUCGUGUCCCAGACCACAGGAAACCUAUACAUCGCCCGGACCAACGCCUCCGACCUGGGCAACUACUCUUGUCUGGCCACCAGCCACAUGGACUUCUCCACCAAGAGUGUCUUCAGCAAGUUUGCACAGCUCAACCUGGCUGCUGAAGAUCCCCGGCUCUUUGCUCCCAGCAUCAAAGCCAGGUUCCCCCCAGAGACCUAUGCACUGGUUGGGCAGCAGGUCACCCUGGAGUGCUUUGCCUUUGGGAACCCCGUUCCCAGGAUCAAGUGGCGCAAAGUGGAUGGCUCUUUGUCCCCUCAGUGGGCCACAGCGGAACCCACCCUGCAGAUCCCCAGCGUGAGCUUUGAAGAUGAGGGCACCUAUGAAUGUGAGGCAGAGAAUUCCAAGGGCCGUGACACCGUCCAGGGACGCAUCAUUGUGCAGGCUCAGCCUGAGUGGCUCAAGGUGAUCUCAGACACAGAAGCCGACAUUGGCUCUAACCUGCGUUGGGCCUGUGCAGCAGCGGGCAAGCCUCGGCCCAUGGUGCGCUGGCUGAGAAACGGGGAACCUCUGGCCUCCCAGAACCGGGUGGAGGUCUUGGCUGGGGACCUGCGAUUCUCUAAGCUGAGCCUGGAGGACUCUGGCAUGUACCAGUGUGUGGCAGAAAAUAAGCAUGGCACCAUCUAUGCCAGUGCUGAGCUGGCUGUGCAAGCCCUGGCCCCUGACUUCCGGCAGAACCCUGUGAGACGGCUGAUCCCCGCAGCCCGCGGGGGAGAGAUCAGCAUCCCUUGCCAGCCUCGUGCAGCCCCAAAGGCUACAAUAGUUUGGAGCAAGGGCACUGAGAUUUUGGGGAACAGUACCAGAGUGACCGUAACUUCAGAUGGCACCCUGAUUAUCAGGAACAUCAGUCGAUCGGAUGAAGGCAAAUACACCUGCUUUGCUGAGAAUUUCAUGGGCAAAGCUAACAGUACUGGGAUCCUGUCCGUGCGCGAUGCAACCAAGAUCACUCUAGCUCCUUCGAGUGCUGACAUCAAUGUGGGUGAUAACCUCACCCUGCAAUGCCAUGCCUCCCACGACCCCACCAUGGACCUCACAUUCACCUGGACCCUGGAUGACUUUCCCAUUGACUUUGAUAAGCCUGGAGGUCACUACCGGAGGGCCAGUGUGAAGGAAACUAUUGGGGACCUGACUAUCCUGAAUGCCCAGCUACGUCAUGGAGGGAAGUACAUGUGCAUGGCCCAGACAGUGGUGGACGGUGCAUCCAAGGAGGCCACAGUCCUGGUCCGAGGUCCCCCAGGUCCCCCAGGAGGCGUGGUGGUGAGAGACAUUGGAGACACCACCGUCCAGGUUAGCUGGAGUCGUGGCUUUGACAAUCACAGCCCCAUUGCCAAGUACACGCUGCAAGCUCGUACUCCACCUGCCGGGAAGUGGAAGCAGGUUCGGACCAAUCCUGUGAACAUCGAGGGCAAUGCCGAGACUGCCCAGGUGCUGGGUCUCAUGCCUUGGAUGGACUAUGAGUUUCGGGUUUCAGCCAGCAACAUCUUGGGCACUGGGGAGCCCAGUGGACCAUCCAGCCGAAUCCGGACCAAGGAAGCAGUCCCCUCCGUGGCACCAUCGGGACUCAGCGGAGGGGGUGGAGCCCCUGGCGAGCUCACCAUCAACUGGACUCCCAUGUCACGAGAGUACCAGAAUGGAGAUGGCUUCGGCUACCUGCUGUCCUUCCGCAGGCAAGGCAGCUCCAGUUGGCAGACUGCCCGGGUGCCUGGUGCUGAUGCCCAGUACUUCGUCUACAGCAAUGACAGCAUCCAUCCCUACACGCCCUUUGAGGUCAAGAUCCGAAGCUACAAUCGCCGGGGGGAUGGGCCCGAGAGCCUCACUGCACUAGUAUACUCAGCAGAGGAAGAGCCCAGGGUGGCCCCUGCCAAGGUCUGGGCCAAGGGGUCCUCAUCCUCAGAGAUGAAUGUGAGCUGGGAGCCUGUGCAACAAGACACGAAUGGCAUUCUCCUGGGGUAUGAGAUUCGCUACUGGAAAGCCGGAGACAACGAGGCAGCCGCUGACCGAGUGAGGACCGCGGGGCUAGACACCAGUGCCCGAGUCACUGGCUUGAACCCCAACACCAAGUACCACGUAACUGUGAGGGCUUACAACCGGGCCGGUACUGGACCAGCUAGCCCUUCAGCUGAUGCCGUGACCAUGAAGCCCCCACCACGGCGACCUCCUGGCAACAUCUCCUGGACUUUCUCAAGCUCCAGCCUCAGCCUUAAGUGGGACCCUGUGGUACCUCUCCGAAACGAAUCCACAGUCACCGGCUACAAGAUGCUGUAUCAGAAUGACUUACACCCAACUCCUACACUCCACCUCACCAGCAAGAACUGGAUAGAAAUCCCAGUGCCUGAAGACAUUGGCUAUGCCCUGGUACAGAUUCGAACCACAGGGCCAGGAGGGGACGGGAUCCCUGCAGAAGUCCACAUUGUGAGAAAUGGAGGCACAAGCAUGAUGGUGGAGAACACAGCAGUCCGCCCCACCCAUCCUGGCCCCAUGUUCUCUUGUGUGGUGACUCUGAUGCUCAUCGGCUGCCAGAAGCUCUGAUCUUAUCACUGCCUGCCACACCCAAGCUGGAUAUCUACCCUAACGGACACAGCCACUGGCCACAGCCCCCCUCCAGCGCCAAGGUGGUCCAACACUGUGCCUGAGAGUGGUUGACUUAGAUACCUACUCCCAACAGUACCCUUUAUGUAGGAGGUAGGAUAUUUCUAUUCUGCCACAGGAUGGAAACCAUACGAGGAAUUUUUCUUUGAACCAGGCACUGGGCAGUGACUUCCAUGAUAACACUAGGCCCAAAGCCUAGACCCCUCAGGGUCCUGGACAGAAGGAACAGGCCUUUGGGCAGGAGGCAUUUAAUAUACAUCUUCAGAUCAAGCAGAUGGCCCUCUGGGGCCACACGUGGGCACUGCCAUCUGAGAUCAGAUCCCCAGGCCCAGCAGGAACGCAGGUAGCAGCGGGCUGCAAGCUUGGGAUAUCCAUGGCCCUCUAUGAAACAGAGGAGCCUCUUCUAGUCCUCACUGGAGGUGCAGCACAGCUGGUCCUAGCAUGGUCUCCCAUGGCUCCCUGGCAGUGCUUCCUGCUUGGUAGCCAAGAACCAGGCCCCAGGCUCCUAAAGAGGAGUUCAAGGGGUUGAGAGACUACAGCACCUGAUGGAAAGGGCACUAGCCUGGGCCCGAGGCCUAUCCACCAGGCAGGUGGCACUGCCCUCUCAGCCAGCACUGCCAACCCAACCCUGUCACCCUCCAGACUGAAUGACAGAGUGACAGAGCCACUCCAGGUAGCUAGGUGACUAAAGGGCUUGCCUUGAGGAGUUGCCUUGCCCCAUCGAGAUGCCUCCUUCGUGGCCCCUCCAGGGUAUGGGCAGGAGAUGUCCAGCUGAAUGCCACUCUCUUCCCUUCAGCUCUGCUAUAGACCUGCUGUUGUCUCCACCUCCCAUAACUGCAGGCCCUGGAAACCAACCUUCAACACAGCAUCCAUUCUCUGUCCUGGGAUGGAAAGGCCUCUGAGAAGGGCCAGCAUCAAUGUGGCCCUGCCUGCUUCCAGGAAUACCCUCCACCAUCUGGCCACAUCUGCUCCCCAAAACUGCCUCGGCUACUCUCUUGAUUCCCCAGAAGAAAAGGGGGUUAAUAAAGGGGGCAGCCCACCUUGAGUUCAGGGUACAUUACCAGUGACAGACCAGACUAUCAGAACUGAAGAGGCCUUAUAUAGCUUGACUGACCCAUACCCUGCACUUAACAGAUGAGGAAAUGGAGGUCCAGAGAGGGUUAGGGACUUCCUAGGGUCACAUGGCCUACAAGCAACAAGGCUUGGCCAAGCAUCAGAGUCUUCCGCCUAUCUAUAGGAGGUUCUAUGGAGGAAGGAGGUAUGGAACUGAGUUGUCACAGCCUGGUCACUAAGGUGGCUGAGGCCUCUGGAGGAUGAGCCCUCUGCUUCAAGAGGUUCCAGCUGAUGAGAAGAUCAGCAUGGAGGUACCCAAUCCAGGCAGAUUCCAGGAGCCAUCGGCCACAAGGCAGGUUUCUGCUGGGAACUCAACAAGUGGCGCUGGCUGGAAGCCUCUCAGGCCCUCAUCUUUGCUCCAAGAAAAGAGGCCAAAGCAGGGACAGAGUUCCUGAGCCCAGGACCCUGAGGCAGCAGGAGCAGGAAACCCCAGUGUCCACGCCCUAGGCCUUCAGGAGCAGCAGGGCAGGUGACUCGAGAGGUACCUGCCCUGCUGCUCCAUGGCCCAUCUCUGUAGUUUACAGUUAGAGCUCUAUUUUGUUAUGGUUUUUUAAACUUUAAGCCCUGCUCUGUUUUCCUGGGCAGGUUUAUGUUAGUAUUUACCCACUACACUUUUUUAAAGAUGUACCCUCGCACACCUUCUCCCUACCACCACCCCCCCCAAACCUAGCCCUGGCUAGGGACUGCUUUCCUGGAGCUGAUCAAAUCCCCUUCUGCUCCUAGCACCUCACAUACAGGGGUGCUAGAGGAUCAGCCAGCCAUGUGAUCAUUCUCCCUCACCGAGACCCCAAAGUUGGUCUAGCAUCCCUCUCCACCCCAUGCUGGCUGAGGCCUAGCCCUGGAAAGCACCAGCUAGUCCCAGAAAGGGGCAACUGAAAGAAACCUUCCAAGGUUUACCUAUUUCACUGCCUUGGGCAGCAGGAGGGUGCUGGAGAAAUGGGUAUCUAGGGUAAGCUGGUUUGGCACUGGACCUAGGUAGGGAGGUGGGAGGCUACAACCCCUAAGCAUUUCUUCUAAUAAGGUCCAUGAAAAGCAGGCAAGCUGCUGGAGACCCCAGAAGAGGAAAACCUUAGCCCUGUGCAGGUAGAAUUUAUUUGGGAGGAUGUGGAGCUGUGCCAGCAGCCUGAGGCUUCAAGUGGAGUGUGAGCUAUGGCUUAAAAGACCGCAGGUGGCUCACCAACAUGUGAGCAAAUAAACGGGACAGACUCCAGCUGAGGAAACUUGGACCCUAACUGGCUUGGAAAAGAGGGCUAGAUUAAACGGCUUCUCAGAGGCCCUGCCUGGCCAAGCGUCCUCCUGACUUUUACAGGCUGGGGAAGCUGGUGGCUAGGCUCGUGCUAUGGCCGUGACUGUUAGAGGUUCCAUCCAUUCACACUAAACCACAAGAGGUAAAAGGGACAGCCACAAACAAGCACUCUGGCUGGGCUUAUCGGGCAAGGAUGCCCUAAGGGCUAGGGACAGAGCUGCCUACGGAGAACUCUUGAGGGACUGGGGGACGGGGGUGCUCUCUGUUCUGUCAUACAGGGACUCAGGACACCACUGAGCUAUCUGUUCCUUGCCAUCUGAUGGUCCAGAGGAGAGUGGUUUUGCUGUCCAAAAUAGCAGGAGACCCCAACAGUAGGGGAGCAGGGGGGCUACAGGGCAGGGAUGAUGAGAGUCUUAAGGGCAGAAGAGAAUGAAGUCAAGGUCAGAAAAGCCUCACGGAAUGAGGGAGGGGCUUCUUUUGAGUAAGCUUUGGGGAAUUUGAGUGUUCUUUCAGGAUCUCGGAUGGGUGAAGUCCCGAUUUGAGGGGCAGGAGGUGCCGAGUCCUUCUGGAGCUGAGAUCUCAAGAAUCAAAAUGCCUAACACAGGGAAGCUUUAGAGGUGCCACCUGCUAAGGUCCCUACAGCUUACAAAAGCCAUGGAAGGGAACGAUCCACCACAGAGCAGUCCUUACAAACUAGUGCCUUCCCCAGUGGGCACUGCCUCUCUGCAGUCCCAAAAGCCAUCCUCGGCAGGCCAAGAGCUCAAUGUGGCUAGUGAGGGUGCAACCCCACCCCCACUCAUGCUUUUCCAGAAACAGAGGCACCUUUUCUUUUCCUAGUGUCCAAUAGCCAAUAGGGCUCCGGUACGCCAGACGAACAGCAGUCCUCAUACCUGUUACUAGUUCAAGUGUGGUGUUCUGUCUUGCUGAGACCAAACCUAGCGAGGGGAUCUCCAGGUGGCAUUAGGGGACCCUAAAGGGCUUGAAGCAGCUCCCUGGGAACAGUGCUCGUAGCUGGGGGUGGGGUUGUACCUCUUGACCCUGUACAUACAUAUGGUCACAGGCUUUGGGAAAGCAGGGCAUUAAAGACAAACUGGAGAGGAACAGAAUGGGUCAGACAGCUUUGUCCAGAGCCCCAGGCAGCUUCAGAGGCCUACAGCCUGUAAUUUCUUUAGAGGAGACUCAAUCUGCCUCGGCACCAGAUACCUCCAAACUUAGCCCCCAUUCCAGAGCCUACACAGCUCUGAUCUCAGGGCUUCAUUGGAUCACUGAUCACAGUUCCUGUUCAAAUGCAGCCCCUCCACCCCAGCCCACUGUUCUCACUCUUGUAAUAUUUAUUGACUCUGGUAGCAAGCAGUUCUUAAAUAAAGAUGUUUUCUCAACCUGC